ACAGGCAGUCGGAAGAGAGAGGUGAAAAAUGCACCAGAUUUACAGCUGUAGUGAUGAAAAUUUAGAAGUUUUCACCACUGUGAUUUCAUCCAAAUCAUGUAGUCCAGCCAGAAGAAAAGCCAAAAGCACACAACACAUCCUAACAAAGAGAGUGGUGACAGUGUCUGAUUAUCGGCCCUAUAGGACAGAGGACUUGCUUCCAAGCCAAGGUGAUCUCACCCAAGUCCUAUACAAAGAUGUGGUGAGGAACUUUGGCCGCUUGCAGAAUGAACAGGAAGGAUUCUGUCCUGCCAAGCACAGGGGAAUUUCUGAACAAGAGUCAUCAAAGUCCUGUGAUAACCAGUUGGAUGGUAAAUCUUCUCAACCUUCGACAUCCCCAGUCACCCAUAUCACAGUGAAACGGGCUGCAGCCAUAGAGCCAGCUACACAGGACAGUGCUUCUGCAGAAGACCACAGACAGCACUCAAGGAAGAACGCUGAGCAUGACUUAACCCUCGCCCCAGAAGCAGAUGCCUCUUUACCUUUGACUGGCAACAACUUGUGCGGGACACCCGGCAUCUUGAGGAAAAUGUGGAUGAAGCACAAGAAGAAAUCAGAAUAUCUGGGGGCAACAAACAGUGCCUUUGAGGCCGACUGACAAGCCUCAGCUUUGCUUUUGCAGGAUGAAUAUUCCUUUAGGAAGGGCAGAAGGCUUCAGGAUUUCCCUGGGUAUGGAUGUAACUCUGUUGAUGAAUAUCUGAGGACAUAACAUUACUUGUGCUAUUCAGGGCAUUUGCCUAACCUGGAUAGAUGGAAGGGUAAUGGAAAUAAAAGAUGAAUGUGAGUUAAUUCAACAGCCCAUAUUUUAUUGGAAUAUUUCUGAUACCAGUACAGUUGUAACAGAUUCCACUUUUGAUUUGCUAAUGCUAAAACUACUGUUGACUCAUGUGGUCCUAAUUAACUUAGGGUAUGGCUACACUUACAGUUGUACAGCGCUGGGAGUUACAGCUGUCUUCAUACAACUGUGUAGGGAAAGCGCUGCAGUGUGGCCACACUGACAGCUACCAGCACUGCAGUGUGGCCACAUUUGCAGCGCUGUUGGGAGUGGUGCAUUGUGGGCAGCUAUCCCAGUGUUCAAGUGGCUGCAACGUGCUUUUCAAAACAGGGGGGUGGGGUGGAGUGUGACAGGGAGCGUGGGGGAGACAGAGAGAGUGGAUUUUUGGAGCUGACACUGUUCUCAGCUCCCUGCCUUGCAAGUUCUAAGGACUGGAAGAUACACAGCACCAACCUUCAAUCAUUUUAAAAGUUUUGAC